CCGUUGCCCGAGAAAAUCGUCUAACCCUAACUCCUUUUCCCUCUCCCAUUUUGUCUCAUUUUCCGAGUCCAAUGUUCCCCUCCCUCUCCCUCUCCCUCUCCCUCUCCUGUGCUCGAUUCCUUGCAGCUUGCGUUCAUCCGCAUUGCUUACUAGGUUAAGCUUAACCUUUGCUGUCUUUUCCAAAUUCCACAAAGUGAUAGAUGACUAGAUAAGUUCAUCAAACACAGAUAAUUGAGUGAUAGGAGUAUGAUGCCAGCUGGGGAACAAAAGGACACUGUUUCAGUUAAGAAAGUUGCUCUGAGAGAAUUGCCAAAAGAAUCUGGGAAUAUUAUCAACAAGCUACCGAUGAACUCCCCCAUUGCCAAAGAAAAAGAAUUUGAUUCAAAUUCUGUUAAGGUAGUUACUACUGAAACUGUGAGGUUAACUGGAUCCAAGAGGAAGCAAUCAGAUUGCUCUGUAACUCCUACCAGCUGUCAGACACCAGGUAAAGUUGGUCCACAUGGAAAUCUUGUGUAUGUUCGUAGAAAGCUUGAAACAGAACAGGCCAAGACAGGCAUUGCAAAUAAAGUUGAAUCUCCUGUGUCAAGGAAGUCUAAUGGCGCUGUUAGCGCAGCAGCCAAUUUAGAUCUGAAUCAAUCCCAGGAAUCAAAGAUCAAUUCAUUUGAAGCAAAUGAGCCUGCUCUAUUUGACCCUUUGAUCACCUCACCUGAUGGACCAGCAGAUAUUUGCCUUGAAGAAAAGAGCAGUGAUGACUUGGUAACCCAAGAACCACCUGCCUCAAAUGGUAAACCCCCUGUAGUUACAGAUUCAGUUAGAGUAAAUACUCAAAAUUGGAAAGAAAGGUUCCUUCAACUGCAGAAGUACUUGGAGAACUGUGAUCAAUCCAGCCAAGAAGAUUAUGUUAAAAUGCUUAGAUCGUUGUCUGCUGCGGCUAGAAGCAAGCAUGCUGUGGAGUUAGAGAAAAGAGCAAUACAACUCUUGUUGGAUGAAGGCAAGGAGUUGCAACGCAUGAAAGUUCUUAAUGUUCUAGGCAAAGCUUCACAACAGGAUUAAAAUGACGUUUCCAACUCACCCUUGCAAUCCGGUUUUGGGAGAUGAGAAUAGGAUGAUAAGUUAUGUAGGAAAUUAACACGACAGUAAGUGGAAGACACGCAGAGUUGAAGGCAGGUAUACACUCGACUCGCCGCGAUGUUUUCCUUUUAUUUGUCUUGAAUUUUGAUGCUCAGUGUCCUACGAGUAGCUGCUGCAAUUGUGUUAUUAUGUUUAUAUUCGAGAUGUAUUAUUGUUUCAAUCCGAGACUGCAACUAAAAUGUCGAUUGGAUUUUGUGUACUGAAUGAAAUUGUAUCUUAUUUACGGGUGUAUGAUGAA